AUGGCCUCCGCUAAACCAGCCGUGUCCUUCAUCGGGCUUGGGGCUAUGGGCUUCGGCCUGGCCACCAACCUGGUAAAGAGGGGCUACCCCGUCACGGGAUUCGAUGUCUGGGGCCCAACCCUCGAGCGAUUUCAACAGGCCGGAGGCAGCUCAGCAGCAACACCGGCCGAGGCUGUCGCCGGCAAGGGGCUCUGUGUCGUCAUGGUCGCCACCGCACAGCAGGCCCAGAGCGUGCUGCUGGAAGGAGACGCUCCUGCCGUGCCGGCCCUGCCCCACGGCGCCGCUCUCUUCAUCUGCUCGACAGUGCCUGCUGCGUACGUGCAGGGGCUGGCGGAACAGCUGGCUGGGCUUGGACGCGGCGACAUCUCCCUUAUUGACUGCCCCGUCUCGGGGGGCACCAUACGAGCGGCGGACGGGACGCUGUCUAUAAUGGCCGGCGCAACAGAAGCGGCCAUCAGCAAGGGGAGGGAGCUGCUGCAGGCCAUGUCGGAUCCGAAGAAGCUGUAUAUCGUCGCAGGCCCUGAGGGCAUCGGUGCCGGCAGCAGCCUGAAGAUGUGUCACCAAGUCCUGGCCGCAGUCCAGAUCCUGUCGGCGAGCGAGGCGCUGGGCUUUGCGAGCCAUCUCGGCCUGGACCUGAAAAAGGCAUCUGAUGCGAUUAUCGCGUCGGAUGGAACGAGUUGGAUGUUCGAGAACAGGCUCCCGCGGCUGCUGGCACCGGAUUUCAAACCGAUCGCAAGCGCAGUCACCAUCAUCUUGAAGGAUGCUGGCAUCAUCACGUCCGAAGCUAGAAGGUACGGGUUCCCAACGCCCAUGACAAGCGUUGCCGAACAGGUCUAUUUCACAGGCCUGGGCCGUGGGUGGGGCGCCGAUGAUGAUGCCAGCAUGUUGAGGCUAUACAGCGAAGGGGUGGGCAAGGUGGGCCCUGUCAAGGGGCUACCUCGCAGCGAGGACGAGAAGCUCAGGUUGGUGGUGGGCCUGCUCAGGGGCAUCCACCUGUGCUCGACGGCCGAGACCAUCGCGUUUGCUAGCCAUGUUGGCCUCGAUCUGGACCAAGUGUUCGAUCUGUGCACCAAUGCGGCGGGAGGAAGCGCCAUGCUAAACCUGUAUGGGCCCCAGAUGAUCAAGGCCUUUAGAGGUGGGCGGGACCAGGUGGCCCAGGGCUGGACGGCAGAGCAGGGAGACGGCCCAGGGCUGGACGGCAUCCUUGAGGGACUGCAGGCGGCCGUAGACGAGGCGCAACGGCUGAAGAUGCCGCUUUUCCUGGGCAACCAGGCCCUCAACUCGAUACGUCUGGCUCUGCAAAACACAUCGAGCGGCCGGAACAAUCUCGCUGCAGCAGCAGUGGCAAGGACAUGGGUCAAGUAG